UUUAGUUUCUGAAUUUUGAGUUUUGGAUUCGUUCUUACACCAACUUUUUAGUUUAUUUAAAAAAUAUUUUCAAAUAUAGCAAAUGAUUGACACCGAGAGAUUUCUAACAGUUUCUAUCUUUCGGUGUCUAUCAAUGUCAUAACAAUUAACCUAAAUUCAUUUUGAAAGUAUUUAAUAGAUUUUUAAACUUUCAAUAUGUUAAUAAGAAAACUUUCAAAAAUUAAUUAGAUUGCUGUCAUUUUUUCUUGCAUUUAUAUCUUCCACUUGUUGUGAUAAAAAUGGCAUAGCCUCACAAUUCGAAGGUUUUGAGGAGCAACAAUGGCUGCUACAACAUUUGUUUGUUCCAUUACUCUGAGUUUGUUGGUGUUGGCACUAGUUAACCAUCCUCCUCUCGCAUUUGCUCAGCCCAGACUGUCGAGCUAUAGAUGCGUGGACGAUACCAAAAACAACCGCACAACAGACCUCGCUGCCUACAAAGCCAAUCUGAACCACCUCCUCACCACCCUCACCACCGACCAUCAUAUCGACUAUGGCUUCUACAACUUCUCCUACGGCGCCGGCGAAAACAGAGCAAACUUGAUUGGGCUCUGCAGAGGGGACAUUUCGCCUGACACUUGCCGGAAAUGCCUCAACGACUCCAGAGAUCUUCUCCCUGUGCGAUGUCCGACCCAAAAGGAAGCCAUUGGAUGGUACCAAGAUUGCAUGCUCCGUUACUCCGACCGCCCCAUCCUCGGCUCCAUGGAACUUUCACCCACUAUUCCUACGGGGUAUCCCUUCAAUGCGUCGGAUCCGGAACGUUUCACUCAGGCCGCUACGAAGCUGAUUGCAAGUCUCAUCACCAAGGCCUCCGCCGGCGAUUCCCAUGUGAAAUUUUCUACAGGGAACACAACUCUUCCGGAUUUGCCCACAAUUUAUGCUUUUGCGCAGUGCACCCCAGAUUUGUCCCAACGGCAGUGCAACGAGUGCUUGACUGAGGCUCUGGCAAUAAUCCAAGACUGCUGUGUCGGAACCCUUUGGGGCAGAGUUCUUACACCCAGUUGUCUUUUUCGAUAUGGAAAUUACCCUAUCAUUCAAUCGCAGCCGUUGCAGCCGCCGUCGCCUUCCCCUGUACCUCCUCUGCUUAACGAAACUACCCACCACGGAAAUAAAAGAAAACUCUCCGGAACUUUCAUGGCUGUGAUUGUGCCAAUGGCUUUUGUUGUAGUUUUACUACUGACGAUCACCGUGUACUUAGGUGUGAGAAAAAGUAGCUCAAAGAUCGAUGAAGAAGAAUAUCCAACCGAGGAAGAUAUGAUGACGAUGGGAUUCGUACAGUUCAAUUUCAACACCAUUAGAAAGGCAACAGACGAAUUUUCAGAUGAAAAUAAACUUGGGGAAGGUGGGCUUGGAGCAGUUUAUAAGGGGAAGCUUCCAAACGGACGAAUCGUAGCGGUGAAAAGGCUGUCUCAAGCUUCAGGACAGGGAGAUGUUGAGUUUAAGAACGAACUCGUUUUGGUUUCUAAGCUUCACCAUCGGAAUUUGGUUAAGCUUUUGGGUUUCUCCUUCAAAGAAAAUGAAAAGGUUCUCGUUUAUGAGUUUUUGCACAAUGGAAGCCUUCACAAUUUCAUUUUCGAUCCACUCAAGCGUCAAAGUUUAGAUUGGGCAACUCGGUACAAAAUUAUAAGAGGCAUUACUCGAGGACUUACUUAUCUUCAUGAAGAUUCUCGAAUCAAAAUUAUUCAUCGAAACCUAAAAGCCAGCAACAUUUUAUUAGAUAUAGAGAUGAAUGCUAAAAUUUCAGAUUUUGGUAUUGCAAAGCUAUUUGCAUCCGAACAAACACAAGGUGAUACAAGUACGAUCAAGGGCACUUCGGGGUAUAUGGCUCCCGAAUACGCAAGGCAUGGACAUCUUUCCUCAAAGUCAGACGUUUUUAGCUUCGGUGUUUUAGUUUUAGAGAUUGUGACCGGACAAAGAAAUAACCGAACUUGCAACAACAUUGAGAACAUAGAAGACCCUCUUAUAAGCUAUGCCUGGAGAAAUUGGAGGGAGGGAACACCAUUGAAUAUUGUAGAUCCUUCUAUUGAGAUACAAAAGGAAGUAGAAAAUGAAGUGACAAGAAUCAUUCAUGUCGGGUUACUAUGCAUUCAAGAAAAGGUUGACGAAAGGCCAAAAAUGACUACUGUACUUCUUAUGGUCAACGGUGACUUAACUGAUUUUCUUAAACCUUCCCAGCCAUCUUUCUUUAUGAAUGCAAGUACCCAACAAAAUUGCUCUUAGCCAAAGAUUAUCCACAUAUCACAGUGGUAUAUGGAGAAAUUGGCGAUCAGGAAAUGAACUAGAUGUUAUUGACUCUUAUUUGAAAAGUGAUUCAAGAAUUGAAAUGGCCUAGAUGCAUUCCUGUUGGGAUUGCUGUGCAUUAAAAAAAAAUCCACUCCCAAGGCCCUCCCAACCAGCAUUUUUCAUCAAUACUUCUUGCUCUCCAAUGUAUAGACAGUUUGAAGACUACACAGUUCAACUCAUGUGUUCCAAAUGACUUGUCAAUUAUCGAAUUAUAUCCUCCUUUAGUUUUACUUUAUCCCAUGUAUAUCUUAUAGUUAUGAAUGUUAUAUUCCUUAUCUCGAUCGUA